UCGCCUUCAUACAAAGCUGCUCCCCACUCUCCCACUCAGAACUCGACAUUACGUCCUGCCUCUUUCAAGCCAAGAUGAUGUUCAGGAUUUUUACUCUUCUUGCUUUCGCCUCGGUCACUCUCGCUUGUGAAAGCGACGGACGUUAUCCGUACUCGUGCACGAGGGGUAAAAAUGAUCUUACCUGCUGCUACGAUACUUCAAACGCAAGAGUAGAGUACAACGGCACCCCGUGUAACGCGCUCAAGGACACGACCUCAGUGUGCAAGCAAACCACUCCAGUCUGCAAGACCUUCACGGGCGUUCUCUGAGGACAAGGCUUGAGUCUGGCCUACGGCAGUCGCCCAAACGCAGUCGCCGAUCGACGAAGGACACUUCUGAUGUGAAGUGAUGUAUCUACAGUAUAGCACAUGUGCCAUCCCCUCCCCCCUCCCCUCCUUUCCUUCAUCGCCCACCUCUCAUAUCUCAC